ACUGGCGGCCAGCUGAGCGAUAAAACCCUCCAGUUUCCUGGUUUACGCCGUCUUUUGGUUUACGUACAGAUUGCACGGUCACCGGCACAGAGCCGAGACUGCGGACAGUUGGGACACUCGAUCCCUUCUGGGUGUGCCCAAUUUAAUGAAAGCUUUCUCUUCACUCCGCUAACGAGAUCUCCAUACAUCUCAAAAUGGCAGCGAUUGGCAACCGUGGAACAGUAAAGGAGGCGUCUGGGUUCGACCCAGAGGCAGACGCCCAGAAACUUCGCGAGGCCAUGAAGGGAACUGGCACCGAUGAGGCUGUUAUCACUGAGAUAUUAGCACAUCGCACCAUCGCCCAGAGGCAGCGUAUCAAGGAGGCCUUCAAACAGGCGGUGGGCAAGGAUCUGGCUGACGAGCUGUCUUCCGAGCUGAGCGGAAACUUCCGGAACGUGGUGCUGGGUCUUCUCAUGCUGGCGCCUCUUUACGACGCCCACGAGCUGAUGACCGCCAUGAAGGGGGCUGGAACAGAGGAAGCGUGCCUCAUCGAUAUUCUGGCUUCCAGGUCUAAUGCUGAGAUCAAAACCAUCAAUGCAACCUACAAGACGCAAUACGGGAAGGACCUGGAGGACGACGUGUGCGGAGACACGUCGGGAAUGUUCCAGAGGGUUUUGAUCUCUUUGCUCACAGCCGGACGUAACGAAAGCGACGCAGUGGACGAGGCUCAGGUUGUGCAGGACGCCAAGGAUAUCUACGAGGCAGGGGAAGCUCGAUGGGGCACGGACGAGGUGAAAUUCCUGACUGUGCUUUGCGUCAGGAACCAGAAGCAUUUGUUACGAGUGUUCGAAGAGUACAACAAAAUAUCCGGGAGAGACAUUGAGGAUAGCAUCAAGAGGGAAAUGUCGGGUUCCCUGGCGGAUGUCUUCCUGGCCAUAGUAAAAUGCAUGAGGAACAAGCAUGCCUUCUUUGCGGAGCGUCUGUACAAAUCAAUGAAGGGUCUGGGCACCACAGACAGCGUGCUGGUGAGGAUCAUGGUGUCAAGGGCCGAGAUCGACAUGUUGGACAUCAAGGCGCAAUUCCUGAAGAUGUAUGGCAAGUCUCUACGCUCGUUCAUUCAGGGAGAUACAUCAGGUGACUACCGCAAAAUCCUUUUGGAACUGUGUGGAGGAGACUAAAAAAGAAACACCACGGAGAGAGAUCAGCCAUCCGUGUGUUCUGCGGUGUACAUCAUCGGCCUUCCUGUGUGUGUGGAUGAGCCUCACUCUUCCCGAUCUUCUCUGGCUUUUACAUUUCUCAACUGCAACUGACCGCAGUGCCUUGUUUUCACCGUCUCUAUGACCGAUUAAACCAAAGACCAGUGUCCUUUAA